GGUGCGGAAAGAAAUUGAUAAAGUUGUUUCGUGAUUUUCUGUGAGUUACUUUGUGAAAAAAGGUAUUUUGCCGGAUAAUUUGGGACAGUUGCUCAGAGGAUGUCGUAUCAACUAAUUAAAUCUGAAGCUGGCAGCUUCGGUGACCCGGUGCAGUGCAUGAGCAUGCAUCACGCUUCCCCAGACCCACCAGAGCGAACGAUUCCCAUGGUUCAGAUCUUCAACAGAGAUCAGGACACAGAUAAAAAUAACGCGCUAAUACGUCCCCUAAACCCUGUUCAAACCAAUGAUGGAGUACAGUCGCUUUUGCGGGCAUGUUUGAUGGUAGAUAUGGAGCGGCUACAACAAGCUGAUAAACAGUAUCGACAACGGUUUGAAAGAGUAAAACAAAUUCUCGACAAGAGUGGAGAUAGCUUCGAGAAUCGAUCACCACGGCAAUCGAUAGACGAGCGCUACCAACAGGCAGAGCGAGAGUACCGGGCUGGAAAUUUGAAUCUACCGGAGGCACGCUAUUUGUGGGGUUCUUCGGUGGAGACUAGCGUUGAACAUUCAGAUCAAAUUGACGACAGAUCGGAUGUGAUAGGUCUCACACAUUGUAGUAUUUGUAAUCAACUUUCAAGCAAUACUGUAGAUUCAUCCGAAUUAAGUAUCCAUGAAAAGCGGUUUGAUUGUAUCAUCAGGGAUUCAUUGAAUAUUGAGAUAUCAACUUCCAAUACGGGUCCAGUGAAAUUUUGUAAAAAAUGUUCGGAUCAGUUAGAGCAAACUUACACAUUUGUGCAGCUGUGUCGUACGAGUUUUGAGUAUCUACAGACAAAAACGAGCAAUCCUGAGCGAGAUGUAGCGACUCAUUUUGAAGACGAUUGCGAAUCUCACGAAAAUGAGUUACAACAACCUGAUAACUCAGAAGAAAUUGUUGACUUACAACAGUCUGACUAUGAGGAUAUAAUAAUCAAGGAGGAAUCGGCUUUCGUCGAGCCUGUAUCUGGUAAUGAUCACUUUGUUGAUCAGCAAAUUGCUGAGUUGGAACAUUCCGCCGAGCCAUCUGAGGUACCGAAGAAAAGAAGAAAAAGACGCAAACUUACCAAGCGAGAAAAUGUAUUGAGCGAAGAUGAGCUAAUGGUGCCAAAGCCAUGUGAGGUCUGUGGAAAAGUGUACAAAACUAACAAACUACUUGCCCUGCAUAUGAACUGUCACACCAAAGAAAAUGUUUAUAGUUGCCGCUUUUGCGAUCGUAAGUUCUAUCUGCGUCGGUCUUUCAAAGCACAUGAGGAAGUUCACAAAAACGAAAUGAAUAAUGUUGUGAUCAGAUGUGCGGAAUGUAAAAUUGUGGUAAAGUCUAAGGAAGCACUAAAGCGUCACGUCAAAGUCAAACACCAGGGCAUACGUAAAUAUGCUUGCCCCAAAUGCUCCUAUCGGGCAUCGUUUAGAUUUCGUUUGAUGGAGCAUUACCGGUGCGUGCAUACCCAGUGUAGACCGUUCAAGUGUCCUAUCUGCAGUGGGACGUACAACGCUAUAACGAUCUACAUGACCCAUCUCAAGAGACACAAGUGCACAACGGAAAAGCAACGGUUGCACCAGACAUUGAAACAUAUGUUGUGUGCCUAUUGUGAUCAAAUGUUCGAUAAGGCAGCGGCACUGGAGCAGCAUGUCAAUGAAGAGCAUAAGGAAAUGUGUUUUGAAAUGCCGUUUUAGUUAAUUGUAGGUUUAUUCAGUGUCAUGCAAGACGCAUUUCUGUCCAUUAGGUGAGAAUAUAACCCUAAUUCCAGGUAGACUUUUUGUAAAACGCUACAAUGUAAUUUUUUUUCGUUUGACUACG